AUGGAUUCUCCUCGCGGUCCCCUGAUCCUCCACCUUGCCCUCAUCCGCACUGGCACUGCGUCUAUGGCCAAGGCCUACGAGAUCCUCGGCUACAAGAAUGUUUACCAUGGGCUGACAAUGUUGGACCGCAAUCAAGAUUGGGUCCUGCUGGAGAAGGCCGCCGACGCUACUUAUCCCCAAGUGUUGAACCCCGGCAAGAAGCCCCCGCCGCCGUGGACACGGUCUGACUGGGACCGUUUGUUCGGAGAAUGCGAUGCUGUCACAGACAUAGGGUCCUUCUUUUCACUGCAAUUGCUUGAGGCAUACCCGGACGCUAAAGUCGUCCUUGUCGAGCGAGACUAUGACAAAUGGUGGCGCAGCGUCGAAGACACUGCUAUUUACGCAUUAUGGAGUCUCCCAGCGCGCAUAUUUUCGUACAUUGAGCCUAUCACAGGGGUCAGAUCUGGCGAUACUGUCCGAAAGAUGAUGCUGGGAUUCUUCAACGCCCGUGACAUUGACCAGCUUAGGAAGAACGCAAAAGAGCGGUAUUUUGAGCACUAUCGCCAGAUCCGCGAGCUGGUGCCGCCUGAGCGACUUCUCGAAUAUAAACUCAGCGACGGAUGGGGUCCACUGUGCCAAUUUCUUGAUCGAGAAGAGCCCAGCGUCGAUUUCCCCAGAACAAACGAGACAAAAGAGAUUAGAAAAAUAAGGCGGAAUUGA